CGUAUGCACCGGACGUGUGGGCCUCUGUCGGACCAGCGCCUGGUUCGGACUCACCUAUGAAGUGGUACAGUCCCGUUAGACGCAGUCUGUGAGUCCUGUUUACUGCCGCAGAUAACGGACAGCCAGAAUGAGCAACAUGCGGAUAAACUGCACUUUACCAUAAAACGGACUGUAUAAUGAACUUUUACCGGCUGGCUAUUUUACUGGGAGCAUCGGUGUGUGUGUGUCAUGGCGUGCAUGUCACAGUGCGGGAGAAGCAGCGGUUUGCGAUGCUCUUUCAGUCCGUGGUCCUCCCCUGUCAGUACCAAACGGCCUCCACUCAGACCCCGGUGGUGCAGUGGUGGUACAAGUCCUACUGUCGAGACCGCACACGAGAGUCCUUCACCCUGCCCCAGAGUUUGGGCGUCCAGGCCUCCGAGCUGGGCGCCACGUCUCACCUGGAGUGCUCCGACAGCGGCCGCACGGUUCGGGUUGUAGCGUCAGCGCAGGGAGCCUCCAUGACGCUGGCUGAGCACUACAAAGGAAGAGACAUCGCCAUCGUCAACAAAGCAGACCUGCGCAUCGGGGAGCUGCAGUGGGGUGACAGCGGAGUGUAUUUCUGCAAAAUCGUUAUUGCCAAUGAUCUAGAGGGGAAGAAUGAGGCCCAGCUGGAGUUACUGGUGCUCGGCAGGACAGGUCAGCAGGACGAUAUCCUACCUGAGUUUGAAGUGGAGAUUAUGCCAGAGUGGGCGUUUGUGGGAUCUGUAGUCCUGGGCAGCAUCUUGGUCCUGUUACUGUUGGGGAUCUGCUGGUGCCAGUGUUGUCCUCACUCCUGCUGUUGCUACGUCAGCUGCUGCUGCUGUCCUGAAACCUGCUGCUGUCCACGACACUUAUACGAGGCAGGGAAGAUGGCAAAGAGUGGCAUGCAUGCUCAGGUUCCUGUGUAUCCCUACUACAUCCCUGGUGUCCCUACUGUUGUUCCUCUUGCCCCUUCAUCCCAUGUGGAGACAAAGAUCGUCUCCAUCCCCUCAAUGGAGAAUAACCUGGCUGGAGCCCGCAUUGGUUAUCGACUGAAAUCCAGUCCAGACCAGGACUCAAUGAAAGUUCUGUACUACAUUGAGAAGGAGAUGGCUCAGUUUCCCUCUGACAAGAUGGCUGCAUUUAAACCCAGUAGCCUCUCGGAGCUGAGCUCUCUUCACGAUGGAGGGAAUACAGACUUCAGACACACCUAUCAGACGGUGCAGAUGAAGGCGCUCCCGCCCAUCCCAGACCUCGACGACCGGUCAGUGCUGAGAGCAGCUCCACCUACACAGAGUCGAAGACUCAGACGGGACAGAGGCAACCAAUCAGACGAUGAGCUUGACAGAAGGCGGAACCCGCACUCAGAGCGCCUGCAGAGGAAGACGUUGUCCAGAAGAGGGCGCACCGGCUCCCUGGACGAGCUCGAGGACUUCGCCCAGUCUUACGGGUCCCGCGGUCGUCGCGCUGAGCCUCCGGACCGGUACUACGAGCGGGACUAGCCCCCGAGGCGUUUCUACAGGGAUGAUGAAGACGACGGCUGGGCCCGCCGCAGCCCCUCGCCUUUACCACAGAAGAGGAGGGACACGUGGGACAGCGACCGUCCCGGUAGACCGCCCCAGGACAAAGGCUACGACGACGCCUUCCUCAACAGCGUGCUGGACCGCAAGUCGAGGGUGCGGGGGGGGGACCGAGGGGCCUGCAGACCGGACGACGACAGCGACACUCCCUCUAAAGGCAGCUCCAGAGGCAAGGGCAGCGACAGCUACUACAGCCGGUCGCCUAGCAACCGUCCGGAGGAGGAGGACCCUCUGCCUCCGUACUGUGAGCGGGAGGCGGAGCGGUACCGCAGGGCGGACCCGACCGCCGACAGGUACCGCACCGUAGAGCCCCACAGGUCAGAGCCGUACAGGUCAGAGCCGUACAGGACCACUGACCCCGCCACCAGGCCCUUCUGUUACUCCCGCCCCCAGGGAGGGUCCCAUACUCUACAACAGGGGGCCCGAGAGGACAGAGACAGGAGCCGGAACCUGAGCACCGCACUGAGCAGAGGCUCUCUCAUAGUGUGAGAAGGUUUCCCAGCCUCGACCUGCACAGCACAGCACAGCACAGCACAGCCAGUCUGUUUGAUUAAACCGUCCUGUUGCUAGACAGGAAAGCUAACGGUUCUGCCAUCAACCACACGAAGUCUGGCUCGUCUCACAGAAAAUAACUGCACCAAAAAAACAGCAGUAGUGGAUUGAAAAUGCUGAGAAAUGACUGUUCACUAGUACGGGACGUUUUUACGCAUGUGCAUGAACUAUAUCUGGGUAUUUCUUCAUGUGCAGCCUACAGAUGUUAUGUACGUGUUUAUUUGUUGAGGUGAAUGACUGGAUUUACUGACACUAGUGCCAAGAUCUUUUUUGUGUUAUUAUUAUCUGCCAAGUUUUUUAUCUGCAGGAUGCCACAGUCUUAUAUUACUACAGACUUCACUCUUCUCACUCAGUGCAUUGCAACUCAGGUUCACUUUGUAUUUGUGUGUUUGUCUGUUGUUGAUAUUGUACUGUAUGUAAGUACUGUACCUUGAAUUUGUUUUAAAUUGCACUGCUUAAAUACUUUUUAAAUAAAUAAAAAA